CAUCUGUGAGGUUAUUUCCGCUCAGAUCUUACAGUGGGAGAGGAGGAGGUGGCAGCAUGGCGGCGUCCGGGCCGACUGCGUUUCCAGGGAAAAUGAGCCAUAAGAAGUACAAGGCCGCAUUAAAGAAGGAGAAACGGAGGAAACGGAGGCAGGAGCUCGCCCGAUUGCGAGAUGCAGAAUUGUCACAGCAAGAGGAGGAAGAAGAUGCUUUUGCUGAAGAAAAACGAUUAGAAGAAGAAAGGCUGAUGGAGGAAGAGAGGCAAAAAUUACAUGAAGAAUGGUUACUGAGGGAAGAGAAGGCACAAGAAGAAUUCAGGGCAAAGAAGAAAAAAGAAGAGGCAGCUCGAAAACGGAAGGAAGAACAAGAGAGAAAGUUAAAAGCAGAAUGGGAAGAGCAGCAGAGAAAAGAGCGAGAGGAAGAGGAGCAGAAACAACAGGAGAAGAGAGAGAGAGAGGAAGCUGUGCAGAAGAUGCUGGAUCAGGCUGAAAAUGAGUUGGAAAAUGGUGGCACUUGGCAGAACCCAGAACCGCCCACGGAUAUAAGAGUACUGGAGAAAGAUCGAGCCAAUUGUCCAUUCUACAGUAAAACGGGAGCUUGCAGAUUUGGCGAUAGGUGUUCACGUAGACACAACUUCCCCACAUCAAGUCCCACCUUGCUUAUUAAGAGCAUGUUUACCACGUUUGGAAUGGAGCAGUGCAGGAGGGAUGACUAUGACCCUGAUUCAAGCCUGGAAUACAGUGAAGAAGAGACCUACCAGCAGUUCCUAGACUUCUAUCAUGAUGUCCUGCCAGAGUUCAAGAACGUGGGAAAAGUGGUUCAGUUUAAGGUCAGCUGCAAUUUGGAACCUCAUCUGAGGGGCAAUGUAUAUGUUCAGUACCAGUCGGAAGAAGAUUGUCAAGCAGCUUUUUCUCUUUUUAAUGGACGAUGGUAUGCAGGACGACAGCUUCAGUGCGAAUUCUGCCCAGUGACCCGGUGGAAAAUGGCAAUUUGUGGUUUAUUUGAAGUACAGCAGUGUCCAAGAGGAAAACACUGCAACUUUCUUCACGUGUUCAGAAACCCCAACAACGAAUUUAGGGAAGCCAACAGAGACAUCUACCUGUCUCCGGAUUGGACUAGCUCCUCCUUCAGUAAGAAUUUAGAGAGGAGGGAAAGGACCAGCCACUAUGAUGAAUACUAUGGCAGGUCAAGAAGACGAAGGAGCCUGAGUCCAGACCUCUCCUACAAGAGAAAUGGUGAGUCUGUCAGGAAGAGCAGUAGUAAUCACAGGGGGAAGAAGUCUCACAGACACGUGACGAAAAGUCGUGAGAGGCGCAGUUCACUGAACAGAGGAAGAAGAAGGGAUCAUAGUCCAGCCCCCCGGAGCCAGAGUCGGAGGAGCCGCAGGAGCCGGAGCCGGAGCAGGAGCCGGAGCCGCAGGACCAGGAGUCGGAGCCGGAGCCGCAGCCGAAGUCGGACCCGAAGCCGAAGCAUGAGCCGAAGUCGGAGCCAGAGUCGGAGCCGCAGCCGGAGCUCAUCAAGGUCCAGAAGUCACGGCAGGAGGAAGUCAGAUAGUAGAGACAAACCCACCCAGAGUCCCAAAUCUAAAUAAACUUGGUUGUUUUUAAAUAUCAUUGUUUUUUUAUGGCAGCUACUCACCUGUAUAGUUUGACAAGACUAGCCAAACACUAUCAUGUAAAGCAUACUUUUUGAUAAAUUGUGUAUAUAAUAACCUGAAAUGACUUGUAUUCCUAACUUUGAGAGCAUCAGUUAACACUGGAGUAAUGCUUUAGU